GCUGCUGACGUUGAUGCUGUCUAAACUGAGCGAUGGCGUCCAAGGAUCAGUCGCUUUUGGACCUAACAGACAAGGAAACCCGGGAGAAACUCUCCUUGUGGGACCGCCGCACGGAUGCCAUGGCUCCCCUGACGGAGAAGCAGAUGGACUCUGUCCUGGAGAUCCGAACCGCAGCUGAAACACUCUCUAUUCCCUCAGAGUUACCCAUUGAAGACUUGUGCAGCCUGUCGUCUCGGUCCUUGCAGUCUUCUUUAACAGCAACUGUGCCUGCUUCUACAGAAGACACCCUGCUCAAAGGAUUUCAGAAGCUAGAUAUGGAAAAUGAUAGGAUAGAAACUGCACAGCAGUUUUUUGCCUGCUUUGCGAAGUUACAGUCGAGCAUGGACCUGGAUGAGAGCACAAAAUACAGGAGAACAAGAGAUGAUUUAAACUGCUACCAGGAACAAUGUGAUGCUAUUCUGAAAGAUGUCAGUGUAGCUCUUGAACACUUGGAUUCUCUUCAGAAGCAGUACCUGUUUGUGUCCAAUAAGACUGGUGCCCUACAUGAGGCCUGUGAACAGCUCCUCAAAGAACAAUCAGAACUUGUUGACCUCGCAGAGAACAUUCAGCAAAAAUUGUCAUAUUUUAAUGAACUAGAAAACAUAAACACGAAAUUAAAUUCUCCAACUUUAUCUGUAAAUAGUGAAGGUUUUAUACCAAUGUUGUCCAAGUUGGAUGACUGCAUAGAAUAUAUUUCCUCGCAUCCUAAUUUUAAGGAUUAUCCAGUUUAUUUGUCCAAGUUUAAGCAAUGUCUCUCUAAAGCUAUGCACUUCAUGAAGGUCUACAUUGUAAACACUAUGCAAUCUCUCACAAGCCAGUUAACAAAAAGGGAUCCUACAGGUUUGACAAAUGCAGAUAAUGCCUUUACACUUUAUUAUGUCAAGUUUCGAGCUGCUGCGCCCAAAGUUAGAUCACUGAUUGAACAGAUAGAGCAGCGAUCACAGAAGAUUCCUGAAUACCAGCACCUCUUAGAUGAAAUCCAUCAGUGCUAUCUUGACCAGAGAGAGCAGCUUCUCAACCCCUGCAUUACAUCCACCAUUACCGACUUAACCAAGCAAAACAACAAAGACCACUGUGCUCUGGUUCGCAGUGGCUGUGCCUUUAUGGUCCAUGUGUGUCAGGAUGAACACCAGUUAUACAAUGAAUUCUUCUCCAAACCAACACCGAAACUAGAUGAGCUUCUAGAGAAGUUAUGUUUGUCACUGUAUGAUGUUCUCCGGCCUCUGAUCAUCCACAUCAUCCACCUUGAAACCCUAUCUGAGCUCUGCAGCAUCCUAAAGACUGAGAUGCUGGAAGACCAUGUACAUAACAACGCUGCUCAGUUGGGUGCCUUUGAUGCCGUGGUGAAGCAGAUGCUGGAGGAUGUUCAGGAGAGGCUGGUCUACAGGACUCACAUUUACAUUCAGACUGAUAUCGUAGGUUACAACCCAGCUCCAGGUGAUCUGGCUUACCCUGAAAAACUGGAAAUGAUGGAGAAAAUCGCUCAGAGUUUGAAGGAAGAACAGAUGAAGCAGAAGUCACAAGAGCCCACGUUUUCAGAUGUUCAGCUUGAAGAUGCUGAUAGAAGAAACAGUAACGCUGGCAGCAUCGAAGCGUCUCGUCUCCACACAUCUGUGUCUCCUGCCGAUCUGCACGGCAUGUGGUACCCAACCGUCAGGCGAACACUGGUCUGUCUCUCCAAGCUCUACAGAUGUAUAGAUAAAGCGGUAUUCCAGGGUUUAUCUCAAGAAACCUUAUCUGCCUGCAUUCAGUCGCUGCUUAAAGCCUCUGAUAUCAUCCUUAAAAACAAGACACAAAUAGACGGGCAACUUUUCCUGAUCAAGCACCUGCUGAUAAUGCGUGAACAGAUUGCCCCAUUUCACACUGAUUUUGCCAUCAAGGAAAUCUCACUGGACCUGAAAAAAACACGAGAUGCUGCCUUCAAAAUCCUGAACCCUAAGGCUGUUCCCAAAUUCUUCCGACUCAAUAGUCACAAUGCCAUACUUGAAUUCCUGUUGGAGGGAACACCAGAGAUAAAGGAGCACUACAUUGACUCAAAGAAAGAUGUGGACCGACACCUGAAGUUCAGCUGUGAGCAGUUUAUCCAGCAGCAGACUCAGAUCUUUGUGGGGAACCUUGAGGAGUUUCUCACCAAGGUUGCAGCUCUUAAAACCACGGUAGUGCAAGGUGGUCCCACAUACAGCCUGCCUCAGCAACCUUGGGCACAGCCAGCCAAGAUCAACGAUAUAGUGAUGGCCACCUACAGGGUGAUAAAGAGCAAGCUGCCCAGCACUUUACAGAGCAUGUCCUUGUACUUGGCCAAUAGAGACACAGAGUUCAUCCUUUUCAAGCCUGUCCGGAAUAACAUCCAGCAGGUAUUUCAAAGACUUCACGUCUUGCUUCAGGAGGAGUACAGUGGAGAAGACCUUCAAAUCAUCGCAUGUCCAUCUAUGGAGCAGAUUAACCUGCUGCUGUCUGUGAAUAAGUAAUGUUUGCUGAAUGGAUGCGAGCGAGGACGCUCUCCGUAGCAACAUGAAGCCGCAGCUUCAGCCACGACCUGGAGCCGCGAAGCAGCGAGAAGACCAGAUAAAUCUGCACCUCUGCUGCCUGCAGGGCCAGGAGUGCUGGAUGGACAUUAAAAUCAAAUCUCGCACAAGUCCAAAGAUUUUUAUUUCGAUAAAGGUUUGGGUACGCAUGACCGCC